AUGGAUGUCCUAAAGGAGACCGGUCUCCUUGUGCCGGCUUUGAAUUCAGUGCAGACCAAUGCAUUGGACCAGACCGGAUCAUAUGACGUGAGAGGAAAUCUAAAGCUGUAUGGUGCUGCAGAUAACACCUUCCCCCUAUCCUCCUCGGUUGCUGUAUUGAGUGCCCAAAGAAGUGGUACAAACAGCCAUAGAGUAGCAUUGGCAUUAAGAGAGUACUGCCUCCCAAGCCCACCCUCUUCACAGACUCUCACUGAGACUCCUGAGCAGCCCUCUGAUGAAUCCAGCAGCUGUGCCAUAUCCCUCACAGCUUGUGUUACCAAGGAUGUAAAUCCCUGGUCCCUGUCAGAAGACAGUAAUAAACAACCCCUCACCAUGAUGGAGCCAGUGGGCAUACCUGGGAUGACAGAGGACUGCCUAAUCCAGCAAACCCGCUCUUGCCUGGGCUGCAUCAUUGAGACCAAGGACGCACUGGUUAAUGAGCCCAUUAUCAACCUAAAAAUGACUGACAUGAACCAUGAAUAUGAUGCUUGCUCCAUCUCCAACAUGCAGUGUAUGGGCCUCAGUGAAACAGGCAGUUGCUCAGAGCAGCUUCUGGAUGACCAGCUUUUGAGCUUUCCCAUGCCUAAAUCACAGAUGGGGGAGAAAAAGAAUUUAGAUAAAACAGAAAAUGACUCAGAUCAGACAUCCAGAAACAUGUAUGAAGGCCUUCUGUUGGACAAAUGCAAUGGGGAAGAUGGUCUGCUCCCCAGUUCACACCAGGACUGGGGUUACAUUGAGUCCUUUAUCAGUGAGAGCAAAAUGGAGUUGCUGGAUCUAUGUUCAAAAAAUGAGCUUUCAGUAAACCUUUUCUCAGAGGAGGAUGUGGAUAACUAUAUGUUUGAUGAUGAUGAUGAUUCUGCCCUGAGCAGUGACAUGUGCUCACUGAAAAUCCGUUAUGAGUCUUUCCAGGACAACAUGAGGGAAAAGACAAAUGUCCUGCAGGAGGAAACACAGUUUAACUUUUUUCCCAGUGUCCUGGUAAACUCCACAAAAAUAGAGGGUAGUGUGGUAAAAAAGAGUGCAGAUGACCUCUUACCUAAAUCUGAAGACCUCGCACUAGAAAAUGAACAUAAAGAAAAUGCCGGUGAUAGCUCCUUAGAGAGGGCACCUGAUUACAGUCCAAAGAUUAAUUACUUCAUUGAUUCAAGCAACUCAACUGAAGACUCAGAGGACUACAGUGAUGACAGCUCUAGCAAUGUGUCUUCCAUUGACACUUUUCAUGAGCGCAAAGAGAGAAACAUGUUUUCACGAAAUAAUAUUUGCUCUUCCAACCCUCUAAACUACGGAUUAAGAGCAAAAAGAAAAGUUAGGUACAGUGAUGACUACCUUUAUGAUGUUGACUCCAUUGAAAGUGAAAAAAACAAUGAAAAGCAUGAACAGACACCUUCUAGUCCAAGACAGGAAGAGGAUGAUGACUGGUGCCCUAAAAAGAGAAGAAAGUCUUCCCGCAAAGAAGCACCCAUGAUAAUCAAGUACAUUAUUAUCAACAGGUUCAAAGGAGAAAAACACAUGAGUGUAAAGCUCUGCAAAACUGAUCCAACAGUCAUGACUGUAAGUUUAAAUGAGAACACAAUUAGUGUAUAUGAAAAACUGGCUCCUCUGAAAGAUUUCUGGCAGAAAAAACAGAGAGAGCAUGAAGAACAGCUUCGAUUGCAUGCAAAAGAUCAGCAAAAUUUUCAUCUUAAUAGCUGGAAUCGACCAUUUACUUCUAGCCCUCCCAAAAGGAAAUACAAGCUAGCAAACAGACUUAGGAUUCAGAGGAUUCAAGCUGUACUGCAAUCAUCCCACAAGCAGGGCUUCUCUUACCUUGAUCUGAGACAGGAAUCUGGCUCUAAAGAAGAGACAGCUCCCAAAGCAAGACCAUUAACAGUAGCAGCUCCCAGCUGUUCAAGUACAUUAGACCCAAAUGACAUCAUACACAGUGUUACCCCAAAAAGCAGAUCACAAGAGAGGGAGGAGAAGAGAAUAGGAAAUAAAAUGGUCAGAAUCCGGAAAUUCAAAAGUGAAGCAAGGCUCAGAAGUGAGAAAAUGAAAAAAAUUGAAGAGAACAGUGAAAGCAAGAUGAACAGUAAUGAAGCAUGUGCUGUGACAGAAAAAAAGGACACUGUAGAGGGUGGGAAUGAAACACAUAUCAACUCAGCUGCACACAGUCCUCAGAAUCAAACAGCUGAAACCACUGAAAAAAUAGUUUUCAUGUCUAACACCUGCUCCUAUAACAAAGCAACAUCAUCUGAUGAUAUGGCCACAGGUAUGUCUGUUAUCCCUGGAGGUUAUCUGCAAACAUUGUUGGAAGCCUCAGACACUUUGGGUGGCUCUGGUGGUUCUUUUUUUUCUCAACAGAACCCUAGGCAACAAUCUCUGGGCCUGUCUCUGGAAGAGCAGCAAUUUGCUUCUCUUCAGCUGGCCCAAAGCUGUGUACUCUCCCCACCCUCUGAAUCAGAGCUCCAACAGUCUCCUCAGAAUGGUCUCUCCCAAAUAUGGCACACCCAACUUGACCCAAAUCAGCAGUUCAAUACUGAUAUCACUGAGACAGCAGUCUUGCCCAACAACUUCCCUAGCACCAUAUCUAUGCCAAUCUCAGAGAACCUUGCAGUUCCAGGGUAUAGUCAGUUGGGGUUGGAUACCAACAGAAUGCUUUAUGAAAAAAAUUACAUGCCUGAGCAGACACUACCGCCUGAUUCAGAUUUCCAAACAUGUCAAGUUUCCCGUAUGGAAGGCCAGCUACAGUUUCAAAGAGGGGCACUGGAAAGUGACAAUGGAAGGCUCAUCAGUUUUGACUCAGUUGGCUCACUGUCAGCUGCUUCCAGCAAUUACAGCUCUCUAAGUCUCAAGUCUUGUGAGAAAGAUGGUGAAAAUGAUGUGAAUGAGAACUUUCUGGCCCACUGCAGUCCUAAACUGGUGAUUCAGCAGAGCAUUGACUCAAUCACACCACUGAGGGAGUCAACAGACUUGCUAGAUAUCUCCAACUUCACUCCUGAUAAAUUCAGACAUGCAUCACUGUCAGAGCUCUCACCUCCUGAGACACCCAACUUGUCCCCGCAGGUCACAUGGAGAGAAUUGAAGAUACUGGGAAAUCCCAAGGUUCUCCAGAAUGGGUCUGAGCUAACAUUGGAGGGUGCGCAAGAGGUGAAAUGGAAUUGCAACUUAAUAGAACACCAAAAACACCUGACUGGAUUCACAGUAGAUAAUCACCAGUUUCAGUUGCACAGUUCUAAUAAUGGCAACCUUAUAAGUCUGGAAAAGAAGUCAGUGAAUGAAAUGGACUUUGAUGAGCAAGGUGCUGGCAUGAACAGUGGGAAAAAAGGCUCAAAGAGGAAAGGCAGCAACAAGCAAACUUCAGGACAAAGUGCUAAAAAAAGCAAAGCAACCAAACCAAAAGCUGUAAAGGGAGAGAAGGUAAAGACCCCACGACAGAAUUCACGAGCAUCCAAAAAGCUGAAAGCCUUAUUGGAUGAAAAGACUAAAGGACAGCUCGGGGACUCAAAGUGUAUGACACACCAGCUGACAGAUAGCAGCUCUGAGGACUGGCCAGGAUUAGGCUGGUCAGAGACCAACAGUUACACGGAUGACCAGCGGGAGUUUGAAGAACCAUCCAACAUCCUUUCUAACAUAGUAUCAGGGAUGGCUGAAGUGCAGCGUUUCAUGAUGACCUCAAUUGAGCCAAUAUGGGGCCCUGCAACAGACAUCUGUUUACCCUUAGAGGCAAAUAGUCUAAAGUUAAAGACUCUUAAAAUCCUUGCAGGAACCUCAUCUGAGCCCAAAAAAAAAGGUGUUGUGUCUGCUGAAGGUACAAAAGGCAAGAAAGGAGGGGGGAAAUGUGGCAAAAAUCAAGCUAAGUUCAAUGCCUCUCAUCCCCUUUUCCCACAGUUGGCUCUGGGCUGUAACAUGUUUGAUAAGUCUAAUCUUGGGGUACCAGGCAUAAAUGGACCUGCGCACAAAAAAAUGUACCGUCACAAAACCAGUGCAAAAUUUCCUCGGAUCGAAAACCUCAGAGGCAAGCGGACUGAUCCAAAUAAGGACAUAGCAUUGAUGACCUCAUUUGAAAAACUGAGGUAAUAUUUUGUAACUAGCUGCUGAUGCACGUUCCUCACUUUCUCCCACUUCAUGUUCAGCCCCCAGUCCUUGGCAUACCUGCACUGACUCAAAGCAAGAGAUGCAUGGAAAUUACCAUUGACCCACCCAUCUUAUUUUGGCCCUCUGAAGAUGAUGUAGAUAUCAUGCAUGAGAAUACUACAUGUACUUACAAACUACCUAUUGGAUGGUUGUGCAAGGCUUGACUGAGAUUUUAACCUAUCA